AUGAUGUGUAAGGUGGGAAAAGCUUCUUUAAUAUUGGCUUUAAUUGUGAUUCAAAUUGGAUUUGUAAAGGGUUUCAAGUCAUUUGAUGUUGGUGGUGCAACUUCAUGGCGUGUUCCUCAAGCAAACCUCACUACUUUUUAUGAUCAAUGGGCUUCUUCUAAGAGGUUCCAUCUUGGUGAUUCUCUUCAUUUUGUAUACCAAAACGACUCAGUUUAUAAGGUGGACAAAUAUGGUUACUACCAUUGUGACACAACCAAGGCAAGUGCAUCCUUCACAGAUGGUAACACAUACAUAAAAUUGGAACAAACAGGGUUGUCCUACUUUAUUAGUGGCAUUGUUCAACACUGUCACAAUGGCCAGCGUUUGGUUGUUGAUGUUAUGUCUCCACAUCCGACUCCGGCGGUUGUGCCGCCACCCGAAUCUUUGGCCGAGUCGCCGGCGCCAGUUAAGGCACGUAAUGCAGCUUCUCCUAGAGCCAAACGACUUUCUGCACUCAUCCUUGGGUUAUUUGCUGCUUCUGCUUAUGUCUUGUUUGUUUAAUUUUAUUUUAUUAUUAUUAUUGGGAGACUUAUUUUGAUUUAUUAUUUUUAUGUCUUUGGAACAUUUAUAUAGUUAAU